AUAAAAUUCAUAUUUCCCGCGAGAAUUGGAGGAACGUAACACAGCGCCACCUAUGCGCAUUACACUGCGUAAAUCGAUGCGCCACGGCCGCGAACUCUUGUUGGCUUUUAGUUAGUAGCAAACUAACACGGUAGUAACAUCGGUGACGGAGAAACGUCAUUUCUACGGUUCCACAUUCGUUUUAUCCUUUUAUCUAAAGUUUGACAAUUGAUUAUUCCUGCCAAAAGUAUCGACGCUUCAAACAGUUUCGCGUUAUUCCAAUAUAACAAUAAUAACGAAGAAAAAAAAGAAUAAUAAUUUAAUUGCAUUAAGAUGUACGAUCCCUUUUUGCUUUAAUCUGACAUCGAAAGUAUCGUCGCGUCGUUAGUGGUGCCUCGGGGAAUAAGAAAAAAAAAUAGAGAAAAGAAAAGAAAAACAAAAAAGGCUCGACAAUGAGUUAUAUAUUCGUUUUGACGAUCAUCGUGCAACCUAAGUUUAUCGCGGAUUUAAUAAAAAUAGAAUAAUUGAAAUUAGUGUAAAGAGAGAACAUGCAGUUGCAUUUUAUAUCGAUGAUCACCACAACCACCAGCACCAACACCGUUGUCAUCUUCAAGACACUAUCGUCCACUACUCAUGGCAACUUAGCCGAGUACGCAGGGAAAUUGGAGGAUAAUUUAAACGAAUAAUGAGAAUCAACGCGACAAAGAUGAGCACUCCGAUCGAGGAGAAGAUUGAUCAGAAGCUCAAGGUAAGGAGGGGAAUGGUAACGGUUAGCGAUGGGAAAAGCAAACCAGUUCCUAUGCGUUUGUAUCUGUCCAUGGAAGUAUUGAAACUUCAGAGAGAAGAUUUAGAGCAGGUAGCAAAUCAUAAUAAGCCACCAUUAGAUGCUAAGGAACGCAUGGUCCAAAUUACUAGACAAAAAGUUGGAGGAUUGGGAUUAAGUAUAAAAGGAGGAGCUGAACAUAAACUUCCAGUACUCAUAUCUAGAAUUUAUAAGGGUCAGGCUGCUGAUCAGUGUGGCCAAUUAUUUGUAGGUGAUGCCAUUAUUAAAGUUAAUGGAGAAUAUAUCACUGCUUGUAAUCAUGAUGAUGCUGUUAAUAUCUUAAGAAAUGCUGGAGAUAUAGUUGUUUUAACUGUCAAACAUUAUCGUGCUGCAAAACCAUUUCUACAAAAAAAUGAAAAAGAAGAAAAAUUAGAUAAUGUUGCAAAUGGGAGUGCUGAUGAUGGUUGGGUAUCGCCAAAUAGACAACAAGCAGAUAGUCCUAGAUGUGGUCAUAGUAGACAAAGUUCAAAUGCAUCUUCUGCUUCAAUGCAAUACAAAAGAUGGGUGGAUGUUAUCACAGUCCCAUUAAUGAUGGCAUAUGUUACGAGAUAUAUCUUUGGCACUGAUAAAUUACGAAGAAAUGCAUUUGAAGUUAGAGGCCUUAAUGGUGCACGUACUGGUGUGAUACAUUGCGAUGACAGUGCUAUUUUGAGUCAAUGGUUGAAAUAUAUAACUGAUAAUAUUACAGGCUUAACACAUUUACAGAUGAAGUUGUACAAUCGAAAUUUUGGACCUGGUGAACGUAUAGAAUACAUGGGUUGGGUAAAUGAAGCAGUAAGCAAUAGUAAUCAGCCAUGGCAAAGUUAUAGGCCAAGGUUUCUAGCUUUGAAAGGGCCUGAUUUGUUAUUAUUUGAAACACCACCCUGUAAUAUAGGUGAUUGGUCACGAUGUGCAUUAACAUUUAAAGUAUAUCAGACUAUGUUUCGCGUAAUGAGAGAGUCAGAAAAUGUAGAUGAAAGACAACAUUGCUUCUUAGCACAAAGUCCGGGUAAACCACCAAGAUAUUUAAGCGUAGAAACUCGACAAGAAUUAUUAAGAGUUGAAGCUGCAUGGCAUACAGCUGUAUGUUCAGCUAUAACACAUUUAAAAAGUAAAACCUUUCCUGUCACGUUUAAUAGCAGAAGUGCAGGUUUAACAUUAGAAUGGACUCAGGGAUUUACUCUUUCUUAUGAAGGAAUUGGAGAAAUCGUUUGGCGUUACAAAUUUUCUCAAUUGAGAGGAUCCAGCGAUGAUGGCAAAAGUAGACUUAAAUUGCACUUCCAAGAACCUGACAGUAUUGCUAUAGAAACAAAGGAAUUGGAGUGUUCUCAGUUACAGAAUUUAUUAUUCUGUAUGCAUGCAUUUCUUACUGCAAAAGUUGCUGCAGUUGAUCCAACAUUUUUAACAUCGACAACUCCAUAAAAAAUAUUCCAACGUUACUAGUGAUAAUUUUCAAAGAGAAUAUAACAUUUCUCUUUUGUUAUUGUUAUGCAAAUACAUGAAGUGAUUCACAGUCAAUCGAUCAGAGAUAGAGAGAUAGAGAGAGAAAGAGAGAGAGAGAGAGAGAGAUAUGUCAAAUACUAGUCAGUAUUUCCAA